AUGGACUAUCCGCUCUUCUGCAUGAAGUUCCCAGAUCUUUGGUCUCCUGUCCGGACCGCAGGUGGGGACAAUGGAAGACGUAUCUCCAAGAGUCGCAGACGUCAAGGCAAUCUGGUGUGGCUGGUACCAUCCAAGUCCAAGCGUACCAGAGUCCACAUUCGGAUCUAUGUAUCUAAUGCGGAAACCAGCAUUGUGGACACUCAUGCGCGCACCAUGGUUGCUGGCAGCGCUCCAUCAGCCACAGGUGGAGUUCAAACAUCUCUACUUGGAUGGGAAUAUCUGUUUCCAAGCAACAUCAAGAGGAUGUAG